AUGCAGCCUUCCUACCAGCGCCCCUCGCCCCGCACCGCCGCCGCCGCCAACAGCCUCCAGACCAACCCCACGCGCACCAACAACCAGCGGUACGGCUCGCCCUACUCCGACUCGGACCCAUACAGCGACAGGGGGCCCGACGACGACGACGGCGACAUGGCUUCACCAGACCAGCGCAACAGCCAGAAGGUCAACCAGGUCAUCCAGAACUUCUUCACCAAGGCCGCUCUGACCAUCGUCUCUUCGCGCGUCAUACUGCCACAGGCCUUCAAUAGCAGUGGAGCCAUCAGGCAAAACAAGUGGUUCAACGUUGUGCUCGAUGACACCGACGUCCUUCAGCAGGACCUCACCGACUGGAAGGGCAUGGACGCCAUGGCCGACCAACACCCACCGCUAUGCAUCGAGAUCUACCUGGACAUGAAGGGCCUGGGUCACAAGCAGUCGCUGGUCAUACACGACGAGAACGGCAAGCGGUGGGACGUGUCCCGCGCCUUUGACAACGCCUGCUCCGCCCGCUCUGGCAAAGCAACACAGGUCAUCCUCGAGCGCUGGACCAUUAACGUGGGCGACAAGUCCGCGGUCCAUCCCACCGAGCUCACCGAUCCGUUGCCCAACGUCUACAAGAAAGCAGUCGUCCUGUUCCGCUCGCUCUACACCUACAUCCGCUUCAUCCCUGCUUUCAAGUACUACAAGAGCAUCGCCAAGCAACCUGCCAACCACCCUGCACUCAAGCUCGCGUACCGCAUCACAAACGGCGACUUCAAGAGCCCCCACGUGGACACUCUGGAGAUGCCGCUGUAUCAGUCUGACGAGCCCGUCACCGACCGCCAGGAUUUCGGACCCUCUCACUCCCCAGUCGGACCACUGCGUAUAUCUGUGCAGUACCGCACAAAUUGCGAAUUCAGUGUCGAAGACUCCGAGUCGCUGCUCAGUUCCGAGUUCAUGGGCUUGGACAAUACGUACUUUGAGCAAUCACAGCGAGGCGCACGACCUGGCUCUCUUCCUGUCGACAAGCUGAAUGCGCAAGAGACACCUGACAUCGGACAAGCGUACGGCAGCUUGUCUACCUUUCAUCAGGUGGGACCCCCAACGGGCACAAGUCCCAUCUCUGCUCUUCGCGCCGUUCGAGACAUGCCCUCUUCCUCCCCAAUCGAGUCACCACCGCAGAAGAUGCCGCCAAAUCAUCGCACCGCUCAAGGCUCGAAAUCUUCGCUGCGCUCUGGCGAGGUCCCUCCGUAUCAGCGACGCACAUCCGUCUCAUUCCAGCCCUUUAAAGCUGGUUCCUUAUCAUCGUCGCCUGCCCUAGGUCCGGCCGCGCUCCCUUCACCUAGCAGCUCCCUCGGCAGACCAAGCAGCUCCUUUGGUCGUACCAGCACACUCAACCCGCUCCUUCAACCUCGCAACCGCACAUCAUUGACCGCGCUCCCCCAGCAAGCACUGAGGACUCCAUCCCUUCCCAAUGAAACAGCCAUUGUCUCCUCGGGUUCCAGCUCACCAAGACCUGCUCCUAUCAAGUACAGCAGUAGUUUUGGUCAUCGUAGGAACCGCUUCUCCACCAGCGGCGGCAGCAAGACGGAAGAUGACAACAUGAGCAGUGGUAAGGGUAGCGUAGCCUCAUCACUACAGCGCGGCUCUGACAUGCUCAACGAAGGGGAAGCUGGCAGCUCCGGGGAGGGCAAGUCGGACGACGACAAUAUCUCCGACUUCUUGAAAUUGCUCGAAGCUAAGAAGGAGCUGAAAAGCUUCAGCCGCAACGACAACGCCUCCAAAGAGUCUGUCAUGCGGAAGACCACGGCUCAGCUGUCCAAGUACCAGCGUCUCAAGGACUCUCACGCAGCGCUCUCGGAUUCUGUAUCUUCUUCUACCAUGUUGCACCGUUCGUCUUCGUCUUCAAGCCGCCAACUCUCCAGUGUUCCCGCCAUGGUGGCUGGUACCUCAGUAUCCACCGCCUCGUCUCCAGGGAAACCAAUUUCACCCCACACACCUCACACACCAGCCAUUCCCUCCCGCCUCAGCGCAAACAGCAUCAUCGAGUAUGAACCGAGGCCGCGCCGAAGUCGAUCCACCCGGCCUCAUCGAGAUCAUGACACGACCGAUCCUCAAGAAACGACUGAAGGAGGCGAUCCAAGCACGAAUGCUAUCGACAUCCCUACGUCGCCUCGACCCUGGAACUACGCCCGUCGAUCUAGCUCGGUUGCUCAGCGAGAGCGCAACCUGCCUGAGGACGACCCUGAUAUCUAUGGACGCGCUGCUAGCGUACCGCUCACAGAAGCCGGUCGGGCAAAGGACUUGACGCCGAGCGGUUUAUUCGCUCAGGGUGAGACAGGCAACAGCGCCACUCAAGACGACCAGGACUCCGAGGAGAUUGAUCCUCUCGAUCAGGGCCAAUGUGCCAAUCGAUCUUCAUCAUCGUCCAACAUGCCCGCUAAGCGCGGGGCUUACCCAGGCAGCUCUCGUGGCCGCACCAGCUUCUUCUCCCAUGGAUCGUCGUCUGGCGCCACCAGCUCCACAGAGCGACCCAAUCGCUACAGCUUCUCAAGCCGCGGUCUCGCGGGUCAAGAAGACGACGAGCCCCUGCUCUUCCAGAUGAGCGAGAUUGGCGCCGGUGGAUCCCGACGUAGUCUCGAAGAAGCGCCAGGCAGCUCAGGCUCUGCUGCCGCCGGGAGGCGAAUGUCGCCAUGGGGCCGCUGA